AUGAUGAUGAUGCGCUGGUGACGAUGAUGAUUCAUAACAUCGAAAUUUCAAUUACAGCUCUCUCUCUCUCCAUUCACAAUGUUCAAUAAUCAACGAAUAAUAAAUGAAUCAAAAAUAUCCAUAUCGAUCGAAUUGUCAAAUUUUUUCCCAUUUUCAGUAUAAUUAAUUUUUGUUCACUUUUUUUUCUUUAUUGGAUCAACAAAAUCUGAUUGAUCUGAAAUUGAAAUUAUCAUCAUCAUCAUUAUUGUAUGUCAUGAUUAAAAUUAAUCGAAGUAAUCGACAUUGGAAUCGUUCACAACGUCGAAGAUAUCAUGAAAAUGACUUUGAUAUUCAAUUUGAUUGGAAUAGACCAUUGAAUCAAAGUUGUUAUGUAAUAUUAUAUCAUAUAAGCUCGAAAGAUUCUAUAAAGAAUAAGAAUAAAUUAUUAGCCUACCUCAAUCUAUUUACAAAAUAUUGUCUUUACCGUUAUGGAAAAUUGGAUGCCAAUGAACAGGCAACAAAACAUGGCCAAUCAUCGGAAAUAUCAUCAUCGUCAUUCUUAUGUGACACGGAAAUUCUUUGCUGCCUUCGUGUUGGCCUUUUCAAUGAAGUGGCCGAGGUUCGUGCAGCCAGUUUACGAGCUAUUCGUUUUUUUGUACAGAAUCGAAAAACAUUACAUCAUUUAAUUGAUAUUAAUCUUCAUCAUUUGAUUGCACGUUCAUUGGAUAUUGUAUUGGAGAAUCGUAUUGAACGUAUUCAAGCUAUGCGUCUUUUACGUCACAUAAUGGCAAUUGAACCGAACAUAUUUCCAAUCGCAUUAGGACGUUGUCUCUGUUCAAUUGCACAUGAUAAUUAUGUUGAAAAAGAUAUGUUACUUCGUGUUUGUUGGGCAACAAUAUCCGAAUUGACCAUUGUAAAUGCUGUUACUAGUGCUCGUUCUGGUUGUAUUAAUAUUCUGGUUCGUUGUGCAUUGAAUGCCAUUACCGGUUUAAAUCUAUCGGAAUGUGAUGGUGAUAUUUAUGGUGGUGGUGGUUGGUGCUGGUAAAAUCAACGUAAUACAAUGAAUAAUCCAAAUAAUCUAGUCAUGAGUAGUGGUAAUGGUAUUGUUACAAAUUUCACCAUACCAUUCACAAAUAUUGCAUUAUCCGAAGUCAUAAUUUCAUCAUUCCUAUAUUUAUAUAAUUAUCCUGAAACAAGACGUUUAUUACAACCAAAUGGAUCUGAUCUAUUCUAUUUUAUAUCACCAUUCACUGAUCUUUAUUCAUUUUUUCAUGCUUCAAAGGCAGCUCAAGAACAACGAAAUUUGAAUGCAAUACAUUUGGAUGAUAAUAAUUAUGAUCCACAUCAUCCACAUCAUCAUGAUGAUCGAACAAAAUUUCCAUUUGAUUUUGAUUUACCAAUAAAAGAUAAUAAACCGGUACACAAUGUUCGUAUCGGUUUGAAUAAACAAAAACAACAACAACAACAACAACAAUCGAAUGCAAGCUAUGAACAACGUACACUGCGAUAUUUAUCAUGUAAAAAUGCCAUACUAUCCAUUUUACGGUCAUGGCCAGGAUGUUUUUUCAUGUGUCGUGUAGUCAAAAUGAAUCGAUUUUAUAAUACAACUAAUCGUUUGGAAUAUAAUAGUGAAUGGGUGAAUAUGUCCAGAAAACUUGCUCGUAUUUUUUUCGAAGAAAAAAAAUUAUCCAUCAAUGAUCCAACAUUGAAAAUCAAUGGCUAUGAUACAUUGAAUCCAUUAGAAUCAUUAGUAAGUUUAUUACAUUUACCGUAUACGGAAAUACAUCGUCAUCUAUUGGAAUUAUUGUACGAAUUAUUUGGUCUUAAAUUACCAGAAUGUGCUGAUGAUUUUGAUGAAUCAAUUAGAUGUGUUUAUUUUAAUUAUCAAACACGUCCACAACAACAACAACAAACAUCAUCACGUGUGGCAAUGCAAACGAAUAAAAAUUAUCUACCUGAUGAAUGGCAACUUUAUGAUGGUUUCAUUGCAAAAGAAGCUGAAGAUAUACUACCAAGUUUAGCUGGUGGUCGUCUUAAUUUUAUUAUCAAUCAUCAAGCACUAUUACUUCAAUCAUUGAUCGAGUUCGGUAUAUUGGAAGCAUUGUUAAAUGUUAUACUUGAAUCCAAUGAUGGUGCAACAAUUAAUCUAUCAACAAUAAUGCUUGGUGAAUUAUUACAUUUAUCCGGUAAAUAUUUACCACAAUCAUCAUAUGCACAUCGUUGUCAAAGCCUUCCAACAUUAGUGGCAGCAUCGGUUUCAAAUUCACGUGAACGACGUAAUCGUGCAUUGAUGACUAUGACAACAUUGAAUCGUAUACAGGAUAUUAAAAAACAAGGUCCACGACCAACUAGUCUUUUUCUUGAGCAACAAAUUUUUUUCUAUAAUUCCAUUAACACAUCACUACCAUCAUCAUCAAAUAUUUUGGUAGGAAGAAAAAAAUCUGGAUCAAUAUCCAAAAUGCAAGAUGAAAAUGUUCUGUUGUCCAUUAAAAAUUCAUAUGUUCUGAAAAAAGAUUCAUUUCGUGAUUGGAAUUGGGAUCUGAUCAUUGACAUUUUUAAACAGCCAUAUGAUAUUAUGCUCAAAUUAGAUGAUAAAGAAGUGCGGUCAUUUUGUAGCCGUUUAUUAGAGUUUUUUUCACCAUCAAAACGACAAUUUUCAUCCAUAUCAAAAAAUAGUUGUUUAUCAUCAUCAUCGUCAUCAUCAUCGACCACUUCAGAAACGAUGGUCACAACGCCUACCACAUUGAAAAUGAUGCAUGGACAUAAUAAUGAAAUAUUGUAUUCGGAAAAUCCACGACAAAUAUGUUUGGCCGCUAUAUAUUUUAUCGAUUUCUUAUUACAAGCCGAUGAAAAUCGUGCUUCCGAUUAUCUGAAUAUAUUUAUCAAUGAUCUAGAUCAAUGUUUGAAAAAUAUUGCCAAUAAAUCGCCAUCAUCAGAUGAAAUUCUUAUACCAUCACGGCUAUUAUCAACAUUAUCGCAAAAAUAUUUCCUUCUAUUAGGUCGUUUUACACAUUAUCGUUUGGGCCGUAAUUGGUUAAAAAAAACACAUAUCUAUCAGAAUCUAAUCGAUUUGAUUCAUAUUUCAACCAAUGAAAUCUAUGCAAAAUUAAUCAUUUCAUCAUUUGAUUAUAGUGAAAAAGAUUUUCCAAGAAAUAUUCUUUCUAAAGUACUUACAUCAUCAAAUGAAUCAUCAAGAAUUUAUUCAACAAAAUUAUUACGUCUUUUAUUACGUAUGGGUGUUACAGAUUUUGCUCAAUGGGGUAUCGAUUUAUUAAUCAAUCAACUUUAUGAUCAAUCAUCUGUGAUAUGCCUAGAGGCAUUAGAUAUAUUGGAUGAAGCUUGUACGGAGAAUAUGAAUUAUUUGCAAAAAGUUCUUGAACAUCGACCGGCAUUGCAGAAUCUUGGCGAUAAAGGAAUAGUUUUUGCACGUUUUGCAUCAUUUUCAACCGGUAUCAAUAUGCUUAUACAGACAAAUACAUUGGAUAGAGAAUUGGAUCGUUGGCGUAAUCAUUUUCAUUUACGUUAUGUUCGUCUUGUUGAAGAUUGUUUAAAUGAAUGUUUUACUUGUCAUCAGAAAAGUGUGACUGGUAAAUAUGGACGAAGACCAGAUCGUAGAAAUUUUUCACAAUUAAGAUGUAGUAGUAUGACAGCACAUUUGGUACCACAUUUUUAUGGACAAUUAGCCAAAACUUGUGAAGGAUUACAGAUUAUUAUUCAACAUUCAUUAUGUGAAGAAAUGUUAACGAUUAUUCAUACACAAAUGAAUCGUUAUAUCUGCAUGAUGACAGCUGAACAAAAUGAUGUGAUUAACAAUAACAACAACAACAACAACAACAACAAUGAAAAUCGUGAUAAUAAUAAUAGUGAAUAUAAUAUACUUCGUAUGAAAGCUGCAUUAUGGGCCAUUGGUCAUAUUGGUUCGACCGAUAUUGGUUUAGAUUAUCUAAUACGAUGUGAUGGAAAUAUUCUAAAAUCGAUUACAAUGUUAGUUGAACGAUCAACAUUAUUAUCACUUCGUGCAACUGGAUUCUAUAUAAUAUGUUUGUUUGGUUCAACAUUAUUUGGUGCAAAACAAUUAUCACGUUUUGGUUGGUCAGCCAUUCAACAUUCACAUCAUGAUUGUUUUCCAAUUGAUCAACAACAUUUUGAAAAUUUUCAUCUUUUUCCUAUGGCUGCCGCUGCUGCUGUCAUUCGAAAUCAGCCAAUAGAAUCAAAUGAAAUGACAACAACUAAUGCAACAGUAGCAGCAGCAGCAGCAGCAACAACAACAAAAUCGAUUAUAUCGAUUCCAUCUGGUUAUUUUUCAUUAUUCGUCGAUAAUGAUAAUUCAACAACAACAACAACAACAAAUCUAUUAUCAUCAUCACAAAAUACGAAUAAUCCAUUAAUGAAUAGUAAUCCAUGUCAAUUUAGUAUAAGUAGUAAUAGUAGUAGUAGCAGUAGUAGUUAUUUAUCAAUUCUACCAACAACAUCCGGUGGUCAACAUACAACGACAUCAAUUCGAAACAAUAAACAGAUUGGAUCAAUGGAAAAAUUAUUGAAACAACAAGAUUUAUCAUCCACAUUAUCAUCAACAUCAUUUGGUGUCGAAUCGAAUACGUCAUCAUUAGCAUCGUUAAGUAUUACAAAUCCAUAUAAUACAAUAAUGACAAUCAAUAAUAAUAAUAAAAAUAAUCGAUUACGAUCAUCUUCGGAUUGUAAUUCUUCAACGAAUCAUACUAACGCUACUACUACUACUACUACUGCUACUAAUGUAUCAUUAUUUGAUAAGAAAAAAUCUAAACCCGAAUGUCAAGAUAGUGGAAUACUAAAUCAAUCGAAUGAUGCAUUGAAUCGAUCGAAUAUGAAUGUUGUUACAAAACAUGAACAACGUAAUAGGAAAAUUAGUGCACCAUGUUUUCCUAUUGUAUCAUCAUCAUCAUCAUCAUUGAUGAUUAUGAAUAAUAAUAAUGAUGAUGGUCAUGAUGAUAAAAUUCGUCAUGAUUCAUAUGAAAGUGCACCAACGAAUAAUAGUGAAAGCCGUUCGGCUAGUUUCACUGAAUAUUCAACAACAUCAAGUCAAAGUAAUACACUUGUUCGUCAACCAUAUGAUGAUACGAUUAAUGAUCGAAAUGAAACCAGUGGUAACAGUUUAUCACCAUCAUCAAAUGUAGCAAUAGCACAAUCUCAAUUGACAACAACAACAACAACAACACGACCAACACCGGUACCGAUCAUCACUAAUAAUAAUAAUAAUAAUAAUCGACAACAAACACCUAUUGUUAUUGUUAAUGAUGAUGAUCCAUAUCCAAGUCCAAUGGAUGCAUAUGGUUAUGCACAAUUAAUAGCCAUACAAAAAUGUCGUCUACAAUCAUUAUCGGGAAAUAUGUUUUUCAAUCAGUGGUGGUGGUGGUGGUGGUGGUGUUGGUGGUGUUGUUGUUGGUAGUAGUAGUUUCUCUAACAACAGUAUUCCGGAUUCAUUUCCAAAAAGUAUCGAUUCGGUUAAUACUGAUACAUUUUCAAUAGAUUUAUUUCAAAGUAAAAAUUCAACAAAUGAUACAUUUCAAAAAUUAUCAAACAGCACAAAUGCACGUAUGUCUAUAUCGCCUAUUCAAUCGAAAUGUAUAUUUUCAAUUGAUUAUACAAAUCCUAAUCAUCAUUCCAAAUUGAUUAAUAAUCAAUUAUCAAUCACGGAUUCAAUGGUUGGUAGUGGUAUCAAUGAUGGCAAACAACGAUCAUUAUCGGAUAGUUCACAAAUAUCCGGUCAAUCGGAAUGUGAAAUGAUAGCCGAAAAUGUUUCAAUGAAUUGUCAGCAAUGGAAUGAAAAAUCCAAUUUUAUGUGCCUUUGUCUUCCAAAGAAUCUAUCGCUUAUAUUUCAUCUUGAAGAGUGCACAACAACAACAACAACAACCACCGAGCAACAACAAC